UCGAGAAAACAGAGGAAAACACAGGGACGACACUGCAUCUCCUUCCUCGACCGUGUUAUCCGAACAGAGAGAACACAAGAUAACGUUUAUUGGGUGCACUUAAAAAAUGUGAAUAUGAACCAAAACAAAACAAAUGUAAAUUAAUCCUAUACACGGGCACCAGCGGUGCUCCCCCUUCUACUCUCAUGGCGUCUUUGCCUUCAUUUGCUGUUGGUAGCACCCCCAAGCUCGAAGCAGACCUCAGAAAACACUCCUCCACUUCUCAUUUAACCGACAAGAGUCCAGGCGUCUCUUAUCAGAGAAGUCACACGACUACCAAAUUGGAGGGAAGUUCAGAGAGUGUCCGAGAUGGGUUUUUUAUGAUCAGAGAGGACACAAAGAUUGAAUCAUCCCUUUACGUCCCCAUAUUGCAAGAAUGCAUAGACGGGAAGAAUUCGGUUUCAGAUGCUCAUAUUGCUCAUGCCCACAUGAUAAAAACCGGAGCCCACGAAGACUUCUAUCUCAUGACGUUCCUCGUCAAUGUUUAUGGAAAAUGCGGAGCCAUGGGGGACGCUCGCAAGGUUUUCGACAAAUUGCCCAGGAGAAAUGUCGUUACAUGGACAGCCUUGAUGACAGGUUACGUUCACAAUUUGCAGCCAGAGCUCGCCCUACGCGUUUUCCUAGAAAUGAUCGAAGCUGGGGCUUAUCCUACAAACUACACUUUGGGGUGUGUUUUUAGUGCAUGCUCUUCAUUGUGCUUGGCUGAAUUGGGGGAACAGAUCCAUGCGUAUGCUAUUAAAUACCAUAUUGAAUUUGAUAGAAGCGUUGGCAGCUCCAUUUGUAGCAUGUACUCUAAAUGUGGCAGCUUGGAAUCUGUUGUGAAAGCCUUCAGGAGAGUCGAAGAGAAGGAUGUGAUUUCAUGGACCGCAGCUAUAUGUGCUUGUGUUGAUAAUGGUGUAGCUGCAAUGGGUUUGAGAUUUUUCACCGAGAUGCUUUCUGAGGGGGUUGAGCCUAAUGAGUUCACUCUGACUGGCGCCUUGAGCUCCUGUUGUAUGAUGCGGGCUUUUGGUGUUGGGGAACAAGUUCAUUCAUUGUGCGUUAAACUUGGUUAUGAAUCAAACCCACGCAUCACAAAUUCUAUCAUGUAUCUGUACCUAAAGUUUGGACUGAUAAAGGAUGCGAGGAGAUUGUUUGAUCAAGUGGAAAGUGCCAGUUUAGUUGCAUGGAAUACGAUGAUUGCAGGCCAUGCACAAAUGAUGGAUCUUGCAAAAGAUGACCUUUCAGCACACAAUAGUGGAACUGAGGCACUAAACAUUUUUUUGAAAUUGAACCAGUCAGGUAUAAAGCCUGAUUUAUUCACCUUGUCAAGCAUCUUAACCAUUUGUAGUGGUUUGGCAGCCUUAGAACAGGGGGAACAAGUUCAUGCUCUGACCAUUAAAACUGGGUUUUUGUCGGAUGUGGUUGUGGGAACUGCACUUAUUAACAUGUAUAAUAAAUGUGGGAGCAUUGAAAGAGCCAACCAAGCUUUUGUGGAGAUGCCUACAAGAACUUUGGUUUCCUGGACUUCUAUGAUUACUGGAUUUGCACAGCAUGGCCAGUCUCAACAAGCAUUGCAGCUGUUUGAGGAUAUGCGACGAGCAGGAGUUAGACCAAAUAAGAUAACUUUUGUGGGUGUUCUUUCAGCUUGUAGCCAUGCAGGGAUGGUUGAUGAGGCAAUGAGUUACUUUGAGAUGAUUAAAGCUGAGUACAAAAUCAAACCUGUGAUGGAGCAUUUUGCAUGCCUGAUUGAUAUGUUUGUGAGGUUGGGUCAGCUGGAAGAAGCCUUUGAUUUUAUCAAGAAGAUGAAUUUUGAGCCCAACAAAUUUAUAUGGUCAAUCUUGGUAGCAGGCUGCAAAAGUCAUGGGAAACUAGAGUUAGGGUUUUAUGCCGCUGAACAACUACUGAAACUGAAACUAAAUGACACUGAAACCUAUCUCUUGUUGUUGAAAAUGUAUGUCUCAGCAGGGAGAUGGAAGGAUGUUGCAAAGGUGAGAAAAAUGAAGAAAGAAGAGAAACUUGGAAAAUUACGGGACUGGAGCUGGAUUCGCUUUAAAGACAAGGUUCACUCAUUCAAACCUGAUGAUCGAUCACAUCCUCACAGUGAAAAGAUGUAUGAACUGUUGGAGGAUUUGCUUAACAAAUCAAAAAGUCUCGGCUAUGAGUCGCUAGGAAGUAUAGAGGUAACUGAUGAGGACAGCGAUGAAGAAACAUCCUCUGCUGUUUAUCACAGUGAACAGCUGGCUGUGGCAUUUGGGCUGUUAAACAUGCCAAGUGCUGUGCCAUUGCGGAUAAUCAAGAGUAUUGCAAUGUGCAAGGACUGCCAUAGUUUUAUUAAGUUUGUCUCUUUGCUGACUUCUAGGGAAAUUAUCAUUCGAGAUAGUAAGCGGCUUCACAAAUUUAUAAAUGGACCCUGCUCUUGUGGGGAUUUUGGCAGUCUUCUUUGAUAUUUAUGGCCGCUUUAUUCUUAAGACAAUGAAUGUGGGGGCCAUUUAUCUCAGCCACUCAGAUGAUCAUUGGAGAUCAGUUGUUGUUUGCUCUGUGUUUAAAAAGCUGGUUCCUUGAUUCACUACUCUAGAAGACUACUGUCCCAAGUCAUGACUGAUAUUGGAUUUCUUGUUCUGAUACUCCUCAUCUCUGAUAAUAGUUCGGGCAAGUUUGGCAUGCCAAAACUCUGGGAGAAAAGGUGGGCAGUAGAAACACUGCAUAACGCAGUGAACCAACAUGUGUACGGACAAGUGACUACAAGCAAUGGAGAAACAUGCAGAGCAUCAGCAGCUGCAUUCUCUACAAGUUGCAUGUAUGCUAGUAUUUAACGAAUUUUGUUGCCAGGGUAUCCACAGCUGCUCUAUUUUCUUUAAUGCUCUCAAAACUCUAUUGAUUAGCUUGCCAGUGGUACUUGUUUUUUAGGAGCUUUUCUUCUAUUUUACCGAUGUUGACAUAAAAUUGAUCAGGUUUAGUCCAGCGGAAAGCUUUAUUCACGAGCAUUAAA